UCACAUACCAUUAAAACGUUAGCUAAGUACCUGUGAAUCAGUUACUGUAUUUACUUUAAUCGUACUUAUAUCUAGUGUAUCCUUCCUUAAGAUGUGUGCAUAAGAAUAUAUAACCAAACUCCUUAAUUUCUUGUGAAGCAUUUCUAGCAUUUUUUUUUAUUUUACAGAAAUGGCAGACGACAAGGGAAUCUGGUCUUCCAAUCACAUAACGUACACACCGUAUCCCGUAUCUACAUACCUCAACAGUCACGCACAGCUUGAACAGUGGCACGACCAAGUUAAAUACCGUCCGUCAACGCCGUACACACCAGUGCUAUCAACAUAUAAUCACGUGGCUCCGAACAUCAACCCGUUCAGCAGAUACGUUCAUGGUUCUGGCUUGAACCCGCUACCCUGUCAGUACUCAGACAAUCUUGAUGCAGAGGUUUCCUACUACAACAAUUUCACCGGAUUCGAACCCAGUUCACAUAUAUAUGACGACAACCGUUGUAGUAGUACAGACACAACCGUCUCCUCAUCUUCUGUGUCCACGGUAUUCAGUCACGGUUCUGUAGACACGGACUUUAGCCAUGACCCUGAACAAACUGGUCAAAAACGCAAGCGGGAAAAACAACGGAAAAAGACAAGCAAAAAAUCCAGAAAAGAUAACAGUAACGGCAACUACAAACGCUGGCCAAAACCACCAUAUAGUUAUUGCGGUCUGAUAAUCGUCGCCAUUCAAAUUUCACCGAAGAAGGAGCUAACUCUUCAGGGAAUCCAUGCCGCUCUGAUGGAAUUAUUUCCCUUUUUCCGUGGUUCUUAUCUGGGCUGGAGAGACUCAGUACGCCAUAACCUGUCACAUUCUUCAUGCUUCGUGAAAAUACCGUGUAUUCCUCCAAACAAAGUCUGUCGUUGGACAGUGGACUGGUCUAAGGUUACUCCGGCAAUGUUCGCCCGCCAACAGAGUAAAGUCAGCCAAUCUGAUCUGUACAAAGCCACAAUUCACGAACAUCUCGGGUUGGAGCGCUAUGAGAGUGAAACGCACACGAGUGAAGAACGUGCCGAGUUUAAAGAAACUCAUAUGACACCUAGACAACCAAAACAGAAAAAGGAACCCUUCUUGACACCUCAAAUGUCCGACGUCCGCAGUUUCAGUGUGACACUGCCAAGUGUUGAUAAAUGUGAAAAACAGAGUGACUCUCCGUAUCAGUUCAGAGCACAUGACUCCACUCCUAGUAAUAUUGUAUCUACAUCAUCAGAAGAUAUCACACAGUUCUCCACAACAUCUCCUGUCAUAACACCAUCUAGCGGAUCAUACACACUAGAUUUCGACAGUUUCUGGAACAUGAUCAUGUCGGAGAGACGCUCGUCUUUAGAUGCUGCACACCACUUACAUACACUUUGUACCUCAGUGGACCAGCCUCCGCCUUCAGAACCUGGUUCUGACUUACCGCCCCUUUCUCGCGAUAGUGACGUUUAUCUUCCCUUGUCCCCAGUGAACAGUGCUCAUGUGCCAUUUGUAACUCCCAGCACUAGUGCUUACACUGACCCAGAUUUCAUUACAAUUUCACCCUGUAAGACACUUGUGACGUCAUUCUUAGCUUCUGACAUAGAGGAGUCCACUAGAGGGCGCACUGUAGCAGAACCAAGCAUGUCUGUCCAAGCAGCACAGAGCGACGACGAAAAUGAAGAAGAUAUUAGAAUUAUUGAUAUUUAA